GCUACAUCUAAGUGUUUAUUCAUUUUCCUUUAGACUGAAUAGUUGCUGAUUUUAUCUUGGAGACGUUUCUCCUCACAUAAGCUUCAGAUCUAAAGCUUGGGUUGUGAGUAGGAGGCUUAGAAGUUCUGGUCAGAAACAAACACGCUGAUUGUGAUGGAAGUUUUUAUUGUUCCUAAAGUAGAAAUCUGUUUUUAUCUAAAUGAAGUUCAUGUUCUUGUUCCUUUUUCCCACAUCAUGUAGCCAGUAUCACUCAUGGUGUACAUAUAAAGGUAUGGUGGUCUGUAACAUCAUGUGUCUGUGUUUCCUACAGAUGUUCCACAGCUGGUGCUGGUUAAAGAAGAAGCUCCUGAAGAACAGAGUGCUGGUGUGGACCAGCAGGACCCAGAACACCUCCACAUAAAGGAGGAACAGGAGGAGCUCUGGACCAGUCUGGAGGGAGAGCAUCUCUGUUUGAAGGAGGAGACUGAAGCUGUCGGGUUUCCUGUUACUGCUGUUCCUAUAAAGAGUGAGGAUGAUGAAGAGAAACCUCUGGUCUCACAGCUUCAUCAGCAGCAAAUAGAAGACAGAGAUGUUCCAACCAGCAGCUCAGCUGACCAGAUGGCAGCAGAAACUGGUGGAGGAGCAGGAACUAGCAGGAACCCAGAUCUGAACCCUCAUGAACAAACAUCUGAUUCUUCAGAGACUGAAGUUAGUGGAGAUGAUGAAGAUGAUGAUGAUGAUGGUGUGAAUCUGGACUCUGAGCUGUCAGACUCUGGGUCUGAAACUGGAGAUGAAGAUGAUGACUGGAAUGAGAGCAGGUCUUCUGAGUCAGAUGUUUCAAGGAAGAGAGAAGAGACGGAUAAGAAACCUCUGCUCUUACAUUUCCACAACCAUCAAAUGAAAGACGGAGGUGUCCCAACCAGCAGCUUGGCUGGGCAGAUGACAGCAAAUGUUGGUGGAGGAGCAGAAACUAUCAAGAACCUAGAUCUGGACCCUAAUGAAAAGACAUCCGAUUCUUCAGAGAUUGAAGUUAGUGGAGAAGAUGAAGAUGAUGUGAAUCUAGACUCUGAGCGUUCAGACUCAGGGCCUGAAACUGGAAACGGAGAUCAUGGCUGUAAUGAGAACAAGUCUUCGGAGUCAGAUAUUAAGACCGUCAACAAAUCAUUUAGCUGCCCUGUGUGUGGUAUACGGUUCCUCCACAAGUGGUCUCUUCAGGAACAUGUGAGAGUGACAAGUCAUUCAGCAGUAAAGUCUUCAGAGUGUUUGGUUAAUACAAAAUGUGUGAAAGAGAAGCAACAUGGAGGCUCAUGUAGAAAAGUCCAGAAACAACCGAAAUCAUUUAGUUGUGAUGACUGUGGUAAAAGAUUUAGCCUAAAGUCCAAUUUAACCCAUCAUAUGAGAGUCCACACUGGGCAGAAGUCUUUUGCCUGUGAGCUUUGUGGAUACAGAUGUACCCGAAAGUCAAAUUUAAAUGAUCACGUGAAAGUCCACACAGGAGAGAAGCCUUUUGCCUGUGAGCUCUGUGGAUACAGAUGUACACAAAAGGCAUAUUUAACCAAACACAUGAGAGGCCACACAGGAGAGAAGCCUUUUGCCUGUGAGCUCUGUGAAUACAGAUGUAUCCAUAAGGCAAGUUUAAACACACACAUGAAAGUCCACACAGGAGAGAAGCCUUUUGCCUGUGAUCUCUUUGGAUACAGAUGUACCCAUAAGGCAAGUUUAAACAGACACAUGAGAGUCCACACAGGAGAGAAGCCUUUUGUCUGUGAGCUCUGUGGAUUCAGAUGUACCCAAAAGGCAAGUUUAACCAAACACAUGAGAGUCCACACAGGAGAGAAGCCUUUUGCCUGUGAGCUCUGUGAAUACAGAUGUAUCCAUAAGGGAAAUUUAAACGCACACAUGAGAGUCCACACAGGAGAGAAGCCUUUUGCCUGUGAGCUCUGUGGAUACAGAUGUACCCAAAAGGCAAGUUUAAACACACACAUGAGAGUCCACACAGGAGAUAAGCCUUUUGCCUGUGAGCUCUGUGGAUACAGAUGUAUCCAUAAGGCAAGUUUAAACACACACAUGAGUGUCCACACAGAUGAGAAGCCUUUUGUCUGUGAGCUCUGUGGAUUCAGAUGUACCCAAAAGUCACAUUUAAAUGAUCACAUAAAAGUCCACACAGGAGAGAAGCCUUUUGCCUGUGAGCUCUGUGGAUACAGAUGUACCCAAAAGGCAAGUUUAACCAAACACAUGAGAGUCCACACAGGAGAGAAGCCUUAUGUAUGUGAGCUCUGUGGAUUCAGAUGUACCCAAAAGGCAAGUUUAACCAAACACAUGAGAGUCCACACAGGAGAGAAGCCUUUUGUAUGUGAGCUCUGUGGAUUCAGAUGUACCCAAAAGGCAAGUUUAACCAAACACAUGAGAGUCCACACAGGAGAGAAGCCUUUUGCCUGUGAGCUCUGUGGAUACAGAUGUACCGAAAAGGCAAGUUUAACCAAACACAUGAGAGUCCACACAGGAGAGAAGCCUUUUGCCUGUGAGCUCUGUGGAUACAGAUGUACCCAAAAGGCAAGUUUAACCAGACACAUGAGAGUCCACACAGGAGAGAAGCCUUUUGCCUGUGAGCUUUGUGAAUACAGAUAUACCCAUAAGGCAAGUUUAAACGCACACAUGAGAGUUCACACAGUAGAGAAGCCUUUUGCCUGUGAGCUCUGUGGAUACAGAUAUACCCAUAAGGCAAGUUUAAACACACACAUGAAAGUCCACACAGGAGAGAAGCCUUUUGCCUGUGAGCUCUGUGGAUACAGAUGUACCCAAAAGGCAAAUUUAACCAAACACAUGAGAGUUCACACAGGAGAGAAGCCUUUUGCCUGUUAGCUCUGUGGAUACAGAUAUACCCAUAAGGCAAGUUUAAACACACACAUGAGAGUCCACACAGGAGAGAAGCAUUUUACCUGUGAGCUCUCGAGAUACAGAUGUACCCAAAAGGCAAAUUUAACCAUACCAUACCAUACCAUUUUAUU